ACGUUCCGGGGGUGAUACUGUUGCUACCAGGCUUAACUGUAUCUAUCGAUAUUCACUCAGUUUCAAAGCGCAGUUUGUGUGAGGGACCGAAGAGAGCUGCUCUUUCUAUGUGUUUACGCUUCCAACGUACGUCUACGCUGCUUCCGCUAUUAACAUGAAGAAGAGGAGCUUGGAGAAACGGCGCCAUGUGGUAGCAUGGGUCAACAAAGCGGAGUGGGACCAGGUGCUGGAGUACCUGUACUCCAAGGACCCCUCCUUACAGAGGUAUGCGCUGCACAGGAUCUCUGCCUGGAGGUCCAGGUACGCCAGCAGCUGCCCUGUGGCGGUGGACUGCACGGCGGACCUGGUGAGGUGUCAGGUGCUGGACCGGUCUGGAAAGCUGGACGGAGAUGAUCUGGUCCUCCUCUACGGAGCAGCUCUGGUGCGAUUCGUCAAUUUGAUCACCGAGAGGCAGCAGGGAAAAACUGCCCGGCCACUAAGACGGCUGGCGGGGAACCUGAACAUCCCAGAAUGGGUGGUAAACCUGAGGCACGACUUCACACACCGCAAGCUCCCCACUUUGAAAUGGUGCAGGAAGGGAUGUGGCGUGGUGCUGGAGUGGCUCCAGCACGAGUACUGGUCCAGGCAGCUGGGAGGAGGUGCUGGUGAGGACUGGGACUCGCAGUCAGAUGGAGAAGAUGAGGAGAUGGACCUGAGACGCCAGGAGGAUGAUCUCAUCGCAAGGCAGAAAGAAAAGGAAGCCUACAUGAAGGCAAGAGACCUGCUGAUCUCUUAUGAAAAGGAGCAGUACCAGGCUAUUAAUGGGCCUCCUGAAGACACAGAGAAGAACCUGUGGCCAGCACCCUUUGCAGACAUGAGCUGGUUACUAGGUGAGAUCAUGCAGUUUGCUGUGGAGUCGAGUGAUUUGCUGAUCGACGUGCUGCUAGAAGAUGGAUUCCUGGUUCCCACUGCUGAACAGCUGGAAACAUUAGGCUGCGACACUUCUGGAAAUGCCAGUCCCACUGAACCCAAUCUCCCUCGAGCCCUCCUGCGCUUUUGGCUCCCCCUCCUGAAGAUGCUUAACUCACCAGCCUUCAUUCACUUCCUCCUGGAGAAGCUCUUUGUUGAGCUGAAGCUGCUCACGAAAGAGUGGAAUGAUCACAGGGCUUUCUACCUCUCUGCUUGGAUUUCUGAAGUUAUCCUCUGUAACAACAACAAGUUUGAAUACCAUUUUGAAACAAAGGGCCAGAGGAAGGCCAGAAUCAAGGACAGGAUUUUUGUGCAACGUAUCCAGCUGAGGUGGCAGCAGGUGCUCUCAGCUUGUCUGGAUGCUCCCUGUGUCAGCACGCCUCACCUGCUCCAGGUAAUCCUGGAUGACAUGGAGCAUCCUCUUCCCCGGGACACCAGGCAGAAGCUGCUCCAGCUCUGCUCCAUCUACACGCAGACCGCACACUCAAACUACGACCCUUCUCCGGAGCAGAAACGACAGCCCAUAUACACACUGGAGAGUCUGCACGAGAAGCUGCAGCAUUCAAGGCACCACAGCCACCCCUGGCGCUCCAGGGCUGACCCGGAGCGGAGUGAAGCCUCCCAGGAGAACAAAUCAGCCAAUGCUUUGGCCGAAAGAGCGAAGCUGCUCAGAGGUUCUCCGUGGCAGCUGUGUGCCGAUAAAGUUUUGUGGAAGAACUAUCCUCUGGGAAAAAUUCCUGGACAGUCAGAUGACCCCUCCUGCCUGAUGUUGGAAAACUACUCAACCAUGACUGUGUUUGACCAGCCGGUGGAGCUAGAGAGUAACACGGCUCACAGUGCCCCAGGAGUGUCUGCAGCAGUGAGGACAUCAGAUGGUCCUCUUUGGAACCACAGUGAUGUUAACAGGCUGAAAUCUGGACUGCAGCUGUUUUGAAUUGCAGUGCUGUGAAAUCUCUCUGUUAUUUUGACUCAAUGUUCCAAAUACAUGAACGUCAACACUAAACAGAGUUUGUUUUCGGACAAAACAAAGCAAAUAUUCACAGGUUUCAGCUUCUUACAUGUGAAGAUUUACUGCUUUUCUCUGUUUUAUCAUUUGUGACUGCAAAUACUGUUUUUUUUCAUUACUAUUCAAUACAAAUUAUCUCCAGUAAUAUUGAAAAAUUUCUAGUAAUUCCCAGAGGCCUUCAGUUAAUUAAUCUAACCAACAGCCCAAAACCGUAGAUGUAUUUACAAAUUUCUAAAGGUUUAUACACAAGAUUCGGCAGAGAAAAGAAUUCAUUAGGAGAUUAAUAGCUGUUCUAAAAAGAGUUGCUAAUGUGAAGCAUUUAUAAAAUCCACCAAGUUAUCUUCUGUGUUUACAAUAUUUUCAAUAAAGACUAAAGUAGAACUCAUGCAGAAAUUCAAAACAUCCUAUAUGGUAACGCAACAAAGUGUGAUAGAGUUGGAAAGUGAUUAAUACAGUUAGAUAUUUUUUUCUGCUGCUCUGCUCUUCUAUUUUGCCUUUGUGUUCAAUAAAAACUUUCUCCACUGGA